AUGUCGUCGGGCGGCCUGCAUUCAUUGGCUACCAUUAUCAAACGGCUGGAAGCCGCAACUUCGCGCCUUGAAGACCUUGCGAACCUCCCAUCGCCGGGCUACGCUGCGGGACUGCAGACGUCCGCGGUGCCCUCCGCGUCUUCAGAGCCCACCCCCGUGCCUCCACCGCACGCAGCUCCCGCCCCUCCGGCUCCCGUGGUCGAGGUCCCGCGACAUGUGCAGGCCUUCGACGAGCUGGUCAUCGAGGGCAAGCUCAAGCCCUUCGUGGACCUGACGAAGGGCUUCGCUAGCACUGCUGUGGUAGAGCAGGCUUCUCUUCUGGAGAAGGAGUUCUCGGACCUGCGCUCUUUUCUUCUGCUAGCCGCGAACUGCAAGAAGCCUGAUCAGAAGACCUUCGAGUCGCUCCUCGCUCCGCUGCAGAAGGACAUCGAGGCAAUCACUCGUGCCAAGGAGGCAAACAGGAAGGAUCGCGACUGGUUUAACCACUUGUCAACGGUAGCCGAGGGAGCGCCAUGUGUUGGAUGGGUGACGGUGGAGCCGAAACCUGGUCCAUUCGUGGCCGAGAUCAAGGAUGCAACACAGUUCUACGCAAAUCGUGUGCUGAAAGAAUUCAAGGAGAAGGAUCCGAGACACGGAGAAUGGGUCAAGGGGUAUUCAGGGCUACUCGAGGAACUGCGCAAAUACGUUAUGGAAUUCCACACAACUGGGCUCGUGUGGAACGUGAAGGGUGUGUCCGUUGAACAGUACCAGUCAUCCACGCAAGGGGCGGCAGCUGCGGGUGGUCCACCUCCACCGCCACCGCCUCCACCACCCCCGGUCAUUCCCCCUCCCGCCGCGCCGGCUGCACCAGCUGGCGGUGUCGCGGCGAUGUUCGCUGAACUCAACAAGGGAGAAGAGGUCACAAAGGGCUUGCGGAAGGUCGACAAGAGCCAGAUGACACACAAGAACCCUGCGCUGAGAGCCGGUGGCACAGUUCCGAGCUCGACGGGGCCUGCAGUGGCGGCCAAGCGGCCAGUCAAGCCUACCAAACCUCAAGCGCUGGCAGGCAAGAAGCCGGCGAAGUUUGCACUUGAGGGUAACAAAUGGGUCAUCGAAUACCAAGAGAAUGAGUCGGCGCUCACGGUUGAGAACGUGGAGCUCAGCCAGACCGUCAACCUGUAUGGCUGCAAGAACACUACAGUGAUCGUGAAGGGCAAGGCGAACGCCGUGACACUAGUGAACUGCACAAAGACAUCCGUACUCGUCGAGAACGUCAUCUCGUCGGUCUCGGUGACCAGCUCGCCAUCGUUCGCGCUCCAGAUCACCGGAUACGCGCCGACGAUCCAGCUGGACUCGACCGACUCGGGGCAGAUCUACCUGUCGAAGGACUGCCUCGGCGUCGAGAUCACGACGGCGAAGUGCAGCAGCAUCAACAUAAGCUUGCCGGUAGAAGGCGAGGAGGAGGGUGUGUUCAACGAGGUGCCAGUGCCGGAGAUGUUCAGGACAGUCAUCCAGGGCGGAAAGCUUGUCACGACCACUGUCGAGCACGCUGCUCGCGGCCUAGACAGCGCGCGGUUAGGCCAGCCACAAAGGGGACCCGAUGGUCGCUACCAGCCCGUCGAACAGAUCUACCCGUUGGAACCGCCCUUCGUCGGCGGCUUCACACCCCCGGGUGCACCCAGUCCAACGUCCCACAAUGCGCUACCGCCGCUCCCUCCCCGACCGCCGCCCAAAGACGAUGACAUACAUCCAGGAAGGCUCGAUGGCUCCGUGCCCGACCCCGCUCGGGGUACAUGGAUUCCGCCCCGGAAGGACGCUGGCGUGGGCUAUGAGCCUGCCCGCGCAGGCGUCAACCCGAACGACUUCUGCGGUCCCGGCUUUCGUAGCGGGUAUGACCCCGUAUGGAUAGAUCUCCUCGAGAAGCACGCUGAGCAGCCCUUCCACGCGCUUGUGGGUGGUGGGGACCAGCUGUACUGCGACGGCGUCGUCCGUGAGCCUGAACUGCAGGAGUGGGUGACGAUGUCGAAAUCUGACAAGAAACGGACAUACCCUAUGACCGAUGAAAUAUUGGCGGCAAUUGAUCGGUUCUACUUCAAUCAUUAUUGCCAGACUUUCAGAAGCGGAGCAUUUGCGAGAGCCAACAGCUCAAUAUUGACGGCUUUGGCAGCUGUACGCUUUUUGUUUGUGCGAUCGUCCCGGUGGUACAUUGACAUGCUCCCAGAUCCUGACGAGUUGAUGAUUUCACCCGUUUUCCGAACCAUUGGAUCACGAGGAUAUUUCUUCUUUCUUCUUUUUCAAUGUUUCAUUAAUAUGGGCAUUGACGGGAGGGAUGACAAGCACCAUCCAUUCAAAUCGCUCGUCAUCGGCGCAGAUGGGCCAUUUGUCUCAUUUCCCUCUCAUUCGUUCUUGACGUACCUCGGCCCUCAAGUUUGGAUGCUCUUGCUUGAUUGCCGAACGAAGACUCAACCAAGUGUGUAGCACGCAGGAGUACCAGGCCGUGAUGAGCCGAGUUUAUGCACUCCCGAACACCGUCGAACAGCUUGUGAUACAGCUUGGUA